CUCUAUUCUGCUCGGCUCUCCACCGCUCAUCGACCGCUAAGCUCACGGCUCUGGAUUGAUUCGACGGUCUACCGUUUGCCAUGGCGACGGUGGUGAUGGAGCGGAUCGGCCGCCUGUUCAUCAACGCGCAGCAGCUGCGUCAGAUCCCCCAGCUGCUGGAGUCGGCCUUCCCCACGCUGCCUUGCACCGUGAAGGUGGUGGAUGUUCCCUGGGUGUUCCGCGAGCGCCACAUCCUCACCGGCUACAGGCAGCCGGACCAAUGCUGGCGCUACUACUUCCUCACCCUCUUCCAAAGGCACAACGAGACCCUCAACGUGUGGACCCACCUGCUGGCCGCCUUCAUCGUCCUGGUGAAGUGGCAGGAGAUCUCGGAGACGGUGGAUUUCUUGCGGGACCCUCACGCCCAGCCCCUCUUCAUCGUCCUCCUGGCAGCCUUCACCUACCUCUCCUUCAGUGCCCUCGCUCACCUCCUCUCCGCCAAGUCCGAGCUCUCCUACUACAGCUUCUACUUCCUCGACUACGUGGGGGUUGCCGUCUACCAGUAUGGCAGUGCCCUGGCGCACUACUACUACGCCAUAGAGAAGGAGUGGCACACUCGAGUGCAGGGGCUCUUUUUGCCCGCGGCGGCGUUCUUGGCGUGGCUCACGUGCUUCGGCUGCUGCUACGGCAAAUACGCGAGCCCCCAGCUGCCGAAGUUAUCUCGCAAGCUCUGCCAAGUGGUGCCCUCAGCCUUGGCUUACUGUUUAGACAUCAGCCCUGUGGUUCACCGCAUCUACAGCUGCUACCAGGAGGGCUGCACCGACCCAGUGGUGGCGUACCAUUUCUACCACGUGGUCUUUUUCCUAAUCGGCGCCUAUUUCUUCUGCUGCCCUCACCCGGAGAGUUUGUUCCCGGGGAAGUGUGACUUCAUCGGCCAGGGCCACCAGAUCUUCCACAUAUUCGUGGUGGUGUGCACCCUGAUGCAGAUCGAAGCGCUGAAAACAGACUUCACAGAGCGCCGCUCCUUCUACGAGCGCCUUCACGGCGAUCUCGCCCACGACGCCGUCGCUCUCUUCAUCUUCACGGCCUGCUGCAGUGCUCUGACCGCCUUCUGCGUGCACAAUCGCGUCCGCGCCUCGCUGCACGAGAAGCAGCGGUGAGAGUUUAAAAAAAAUGGUAUAAAUGUUUGAAUGUUAUCCGUUUAUGCGAGUGACUUUUCAUCGUUUCUUUAUGUGAUCUGCCAAACUAAAGCUAGAAAAUAAGUGUAAAAGUGAUUAAUGGUGUGUUUUUGUGACUUAAAGUGAAGAAAAUUGGAUUCUUAUCAUUUGUCUGUAGCAAUACAGGUUGUGCUGCAUCUCGAUGGCUCCAUUAGAUGUCUGCUUUUAGUCAUUGUCUUAAAAGAAUGUGCUUUUACUUUAUUCAGGGUUCGUACGGUCAUGGAAAACCUGGAAAAGUCAUGGAAUUUUAAAAUGGUCAUUUCCAGGCCUGGAAAAGUCAUGGAAAAAAACUUAAAUCAUAAAAGUUUUGGAAAAGUCAUGGAAAUUUGUUAAAAUCACAUGUUUAUUUUCGCCGAGUUUGAAAUAAUUAAUAUCUUUUUUAAAGAAAGACGCUCAAAAUAUAAGCCAGCGAUAGCUCUCAAUACGCAACAUUUUCUACAGUUUUCAUGUUUAUACCGAGAUUUCAGUUUGGUCAUGGAAAUUUGGUUUAAAGUCAUGGAAACCCAUUGGUCAAAAUGUGUAAGAACCCUUUUUAUAAAAAUACACCUUCUGUCAAGAUGAGCAGAACAACACAGAUACGAGUUUCCUAAUAUGCCUUUUACCCAAUUGUAUUUACAACAAUCUGACUGUCUUUAACAAAUUGUAGCAUUUCAAAUCACAAGAGCAUUUAUAUUUUACAAUUUACAGUCCCAUAAAACUUUGUAUAUUUCAGCCAGAAGCCAAAUCUGAUUUAAACUGCUAGUCUUGAUAUAGACUUCUGGCACCUUUGAUUCUGUACCUCUCUAACGAUCAAAGCAGGGAUUUUAAAAAACAUUUUAUUUUAUUAUCAAGGCGCUAACACUAACGUUUGAACAUAUUCUGGGAAAGUUGGGUACCCAAUUUGAAAACCAAAUAUUUCUUUGGGUGAUAACAUUCUGUUGAACUAUUUAGCAAAUGAGGCUGGCACUCAGUAUUGGUCAAGAGAGAGAGAGAGAGAUGGAAGAUUACGGAUGUCUAAGUUUUUUUUAUUCAAAGGGCUGGGAGUUCAGCUUUUGCCUUUUCACAUUCCAUGAUGUCAAAGCUUUUGCGCUCAUUGUUUUCAAUGUCGGUUGAUCAGAUUUGACACCCCAAAGCCACCUGGCUGGUGUUCUGCUUUUGUUUUGUUUUGUACGAUGAAUGUGUAUGUGCCUCUAUGCAUGUAUUUUGGUAUAUACUGUGGAUAUUAAGUGUGUGAAUGUCUAUGAAAGCUUAGCCUUGCACUUCUUUCUUACACUGUAAAUACGCUGUAUUUCUCUAGAACUUUGCUUGCAUCCCAUAUUUCCUCCACAGCACUCAGAACUGAAUGCAUCUUUCCUCUGGUGGAACAGAGCGUGCGUGGUGUUCAGUGUCCAGCUGCCAAUCGGACUUUAAAUGACCAUGAAUACAUCAUUUUGUACUGCUGCACUGUUCCAUUGGCGAGUCCUGAUGUUUUUUUCUCUCUUAGUUUGAUGACUUUUGAAGUGAAAAUAUCUCACAGAUACGACUCACUGACAAUGUUGCUUAGAUUUGUACCUCACAGAAAUCUAUUUAAUCAUCUAUAUUCAUUACUGCACUCUGUUCAUAAUGGUGUUUAAUGUGCCAAUGAAUCUGUUAUUGCUUCAGUGAUGGCGCUACAGAGAGACGGACUGUCACAAGUUGAUUUAAAUGAUGUCUUGACCUGACUGCGAACAUGUCAUCGGUGAAAUUGAACCAUAACGCCCCUAAAUAUGAAACUCACUAUGGCGUUACCGACCUGGUCUCAUCAUGCACUGCCUGAAAUCAACACUGUGUGUUUAUAUAUAUACACUAUCGCUGACACCACUGGCUAUGUUUACAUGCAUGGAGGUGUUAAUGUGGUUAUUCUGGUUUUGUGUUUACUCUUUAAAAAAUGUCAUAAUCCCGAAUAACCUGGAGAAACUUGUGCCCGAGAUUUCCCUUGUUGUGAUCAGUGAUACAUUGUUUGGCAACCAAAUUGAGGCUCUCCUGCACAAGGCCCGCAAGUCCCUCACCAGCCAUGCCUGUAACAUGAAUUUAUUGUCCUGACUAUCCAAAGAACCAAAAAUAUGACUCCUAAUUUACGUCCCGUGUAUCGACGGUAAUUUGGAGUGGCAGCGGGAAAGUAUUGUUCUCUAAAUUAAUUGUUUUUCGCAACAUGAUACUCUGCCACAGAUAAUCUAGGUUGCACGCCAAACUAAGACGAUAACUAGAAUACGGCCAGCACUCUUUACUGUGUAAGUGAAUUUGUGUGUAAACAUAGCCUCUGAUGCCACCAAGGUUUCCCUUUAUAAAAGCAGGGUGAGAAGGACCAGAAUGUCUUCUGCCUCAAAAAAAAAGAAGAAAUGUGUGACUGACUGUACUAAUACUAUGUUGUAUUUAAGAAAAAUAAAGUGUUACAGUAAC